GUCAGGGUUGAAAGGGAAGGGGUCACCAGAAACAUGGCUGCCCCCCAAGAUGACAUGUUUUCUUUCUGCGUGGACCCCGGCAAAGUUAGCAACUGCGUAGAAGUCAAAUUCAUCGACAAAGUCAAGGGCAAGGGUCUCUUCGCCAAAAGGAGCAUCAAGAAGGGAGAGAGCAUUUUCAUCGAGCGGCCUCUUGUCUCUGCCCAGUUCCUGUGGAAUGCUUUGUACAAAUACAGAGCCUGUGAGUACUGCCUCCGUGCUCUUGAGACGGCGGAGGAAAAUGCGAGGAGGCUCAGCGGCGUCCCGGGGCUCAGCCUUCCUCACCCAGAGCUCUGCAGCGUUCGACCUGAGCUGCACCAAGCCUGUCCGCAGUGCCAGGUUAUGUAUUGUAGCAGUGAGUGCCGACAAGCCGCAGCAGACCAGUACCAUCGGGUUUUAUGUCUAGGUGCCUCCCAGGAGGAUCCAGACCACCCGAUCAACAAGCUGAAAGAUGCAUGGAGGAGUAUGCACUAUCCCCCAGAGACAUCCAGCAUCAUGCUUAUGGCCAGAAUGGUGGCCCUCGUUAAACAGGCCCAAGACAAAUCACGUUGGCAGAGGCUUUUUUCUCAGUUCUGCAGCCGUGCUGCCAAUGAGGAAGAGGAGAUAGCCCACAAGCUCCUGGGCGAGCAGUUCAGAGGACAGUUGGCCUUGCUACAAAGCCUUUUUACAACAGCACUUUAUGAUGAUCAUCUCAAUCGGUGGUUUACUCCUGAGGGUUUCCGCGCCCUGUUCUCUCUUGUGGGGACCAACGGACAGGGAAUAGGCACCAGUUCUUUAAGUCAGUGGGUCCAUGCCUGUGAUGCACUUGAGCUUCCUGGCCAGCAGAGGGAGCAUUUGGAUUCCUUUAUCGACCAGCUGUACAAGGACAUAGAGAAAGAGACGGGAGACUUUCUGAACUGUGAGGGUUCUGGACUUUUCCUGCUUCAAAGCGCAUGUAACCACAGCUGCAUACCAAACGCAGAGGCAUCUUUCCCGGACAACAAUUUCCUGCUUCACCUCAGUGCCCUUAGUGACAUCAACCCAGGAGAGGAAAUCUGUAUCAGUUACUUGGACUGCUGCCAGCGUGACCGAAGCCGUCAUAGCAGACACAAAAUUCUGAGGGAGAACUACCUGUUCAUCUGCUCAUGUCCAAAGUGCGUCUCUCAAAUGGAUGAGCUGGAUCUGACAUCGGAGGAGGAAGAGGAGGGCGAGGCAGAGGGAGAAACUGAGGGCGAUGAGAUGGAAGAUGAGAUGACAGAUGUCUGAUGAAAGACUUGCCCCCGUUGUUCUCAGCCCCUGUCAUUCCUGCCACCACACUAAGUAACCAUGAAGCCUAGCACAGUGAAGACCAGCCUCAAGCAUGAUUUGCAUAUCACCAAAACUAUUCACGUUUGGUUGUGUAAUGAAAACAAAUUAAUUAUAAAAGUACUGCAACCACUCUGUGCCCAGAGUUCAUAGAUCUGCCACAAAAAGUUUUCCCAGAAUUGAUGGAAGUGUGGCUAUGCAUCUGACCAAGUCCACAAAUUGCAGCUCAGAGGAACGCUUAUUCUUUCUCAGGUUUUUGCUCUGCUUUAUAAGAUGUUUCUUACAAGACUAUGCAUUCUGUGUCGGAGAGGCUUUUAUUCAUCUUCCAUAACAUGCGGUUACCUAAUUGUAAUUACAGUUCUGUCAUAUAUGGAAGAUAUCCAGCAAUUAAAUAAAUUACUGUUCAGUAUUUAUAAUAUGACCUGUAGGUAAGGUUAAGCUUUACAGUAAUAUAGAGACCUUGAGUGGAAAAUUGCUUUGUCAGUAACUGUUUGCCCUUUAUUGAAAACUGUUCAGCUACAGCUCUACAUGGGUGAAACUGCUGCUACUGCCCACACAUGAAUCAAUUGCUCAACAAUGACUGUAAUCAUAAAUCCCAAUAUUUUCAGUGUUGUUAGACAAAGAUGGAAAAUAUUGAAUGCGUAACCCCAAUUAUCUCCUGUGGCAUUCAGAGCAAUGGCACAAGAGAGCAUGACUUCUGAAUUCAUGCAAGUAGUCUUGUAUCAUAAGUGUCAUCGUAUCACAACAGCAAAUGGGGCCAUUUUUGCUAUUUUGACAUAAACCAUUGAAUCUGA